CAGAGCAGAGCUUUGACUGUAAAGAAUUUCAUCUACUGUGAGUGUAGUAUGGAGACUGGGGGCUGAGAGGUGGGGGCUUGGUGGGAUGUCUGGCCUGUGCUGAGGUACGUUUGUCCAGGAAUUCCGUUACUGGAGCAAGAUCCAUCCAUCCAUUCAUUUACAGGCAUUCCCACCAUGGAUUGCCAAGAAAAUGAGUACUGGGACCAAUGGGGACGGUGUGUCACUUGCCAACUCUGUGGGCCUGGACAAGAGCUCUCCAAGGAUUGUGGUUAUGGAGAAGGUGGAGAUGCAUACUGCACAGCCUGCCCUCCCCGCAGAUACAAAAGCAGCUGGGGCCACCAUAGAUGUCAGACUUGCAUCACCUGUGCUGUCAUCAAUCGUAUCCAGAAGGAGAACUGUACAGCUACCUCUAAUGCCGUCUGUGGGGACUGUCUGCCCAGGUUCUACCAAAAGACACGUAUUGGAGGCCUGCAGGAUCAAGAGUGUAUCCCGUGCACGAAGCAGACCCCCACCUCUGAGGUUCAGUGUGCCUUCCAGUUGAGCUUAGUGAAGGCAGAUGUACCCACAGUAUCCCCUCAGGAGGUCACACUUGUUGCACUGGUGAGCAGUCUGCUCAUGGUGUUUACCCUGGCCUUCCUGGGGCUCUUCUUCCUCUACUGCAAGCAGUUCUUCAACAGAAAUUGCCAGCGUGAGAAACUGACAAUUUUCCCUGAUCCACCACCAGGUAGCCUCAAUCUGAUACCUCAAUUUUCAGGAGGUUCGCUGCAGUAUGAGGCUGACGAGGCAGCGGAGGAGGAAUCUCUCUUCCCCAUGCCACCUGGCCAGGAGACCAGUCCUGAGUCCCCACUGAGUGAAAGCAUCUUUGAGACCCAGGCACUUAACCCCAUCCUGGAUGACGACUGCAGCUCGACUCGUGGCUUCCCCACACAGGAGUCUUUUACCUUGGCCUCCUGUGCCUCAGAGAGCCACUUCCACUGGGUCCACACUCCCAUCGAAUGCACAGAGCUGGACCUGCGAAAGUUUUCCAGCUCUGCUUCCUAUACUGGAGCUGAGACCUUGAGGGGGAACACAGCUGAAAGCUCUGGAGACAGACUGGAGCUCACUGUACCCUUUGAAGUACCCAGCCUUUAACUCUACUGAGGUGAGCUGGAAAGGUAGGGUAGAAAGACCAGAAAUUGGGGACCACCCCCAAAAGGAAUUAUCCCUUGGAGUACUGUUGUUCAGUAGGGCUAGUGUCAGAGGAACAGCAAGCUAGGAACAUUGGUGGAUGGAGGGACAACUGUGAUAAUGUUAAUCUUUUGAGCCAGUCAGUCAUACAUCAUAUAUCUGAGCCUACAGUUGUCAAGGAACUGGCCAGGUUGACAUGACACCAGUUUUUCUAUCCUGGCCUUUUGCAAUAUCUCUCAGGGCCCCACUGUCUAAUAGUUAUAUUCAGUUAUCUCCCAUCAUGUAUUCAAGCACCAAGGUACAGUGGGAAAAUAUACAAACCUUGGCACCUAGAAGCCUUAUAUUUCAAAUCUACCUCCAUUCCUUAAUAAAUAUCUGU